GAGCGGCACCGAGUCGCCGCGCGGCGACGGUGAGCGGGGCUCGCGCCGGCCGUCGCCCGGCACGCGAGGCGGCAGGCUCGUGGUGCGUUCGGCCGUGGUGCUCGGCGCCGAGAUGAGGGAGGACGGGCGGCUCAAGCUGCACACGGUCUACCGGCUCGCUGCCCGGGUGGGGCCGUUCGAGUCGACGACGUACCGACGUUUCUCGGACUUUGUGAAGCUCCACGCGGCGCUCAAGCGCGAGAUGCCACACUGCCGCAUGCCGCGCUCGGCGCAGCGCAUGCUCGACGCGCGGCUGCGGCCGACGGCGGGCCCGUCGCCGUCGGCGUUGGAGAAGGCUCUCGGCCCAAAGGCGUCCAAGGCGCUCGGUCCGCUCGAGAAGACGCUCCGGCCGCCUGGGCCCGAGGUGCGGUUGCGGCUGCUGCAGCGCUACUGCGAGGACCUGGUCACGCUGCCGGAGCUGGCGCAGGCGGAGGCGACACUCGCCUUCUUCUGGCCCUCGAGCGCGCUCGGCGACGGCGCGCUCGUCGCGCCCGACGGCUCGAAGGCUGCGAUGACCUGAGCCGGGGGCGAGUCCCAAGUCUCAAAAGUAUCAUACCUCACCCGCGUGUAUGAACAUGCACAUGUCAUGUGCAUGCAUGUGCAUGUGUUUUCUGAAGACAACGUGAACGUCUUG